AUGGGAACUGUUGUGCAGCAAUGCGCUGCAACUGGACUCAACAAGCUCCUUAGCAGGGUGGAGCGGGAAUGGGCCAAAAGUUCAUGGACCGACGGACAUGUGACGAGGUAGUAUCUGCCCUGUUCUAAAUAGCAAUUAAAGACCUGCCCUACAUACAUGGACCAUAUUACCAAUGUAGAAAUAAACUUCAAAUUGUGCAUCAUUUAUUGUGCUUCUUUCCCAUCUCUUUGCAUGUUGACAUUUUUAUACUUAGGUUUUUCAACCAUCUAGCAUAGGCGUUUCAGCGUUCUUUUCAUACAUUUUGCCCUAGCAUAGCCUAUAUACAGUAUUUUUCUGCCUAACUCCUAUGUCUUGAAUAGCACCAGGAUGAUGAGCCAAAAGAAGCCUUUGCAUCCCCAGAUGAUUACCCCAAAUCUGGACAACACACACAUUCCCACCUCGUCAGCAGAAAAGGUAGGUCUUUGUCCAUAGAAAAAAAAUAUUAAAUUAUUAACAAUUUAUAUAUGAAAUAAUCAUUCUAUUUCUAUGAUCCUAUCUGUCAGAGAUACUGGUCCCCAGUAGUUAUUUAUAGCCUUGAAAAGAUAUCAGCAUGACUGUCAUAAAAGAAAAGAUAUCAGCAUGACUGUCAUAAAAGCUGCAGUUUUAUUCUCAUGGGUUGCACCCCAAAUGGCACCAAAUUCCAUUUAUAAUCAAAUCUACUUUGGACCAGGGUCCAUAGUGAAUAGGGUGCUGACCUGGGCCUUCACUGUGUUUUGGACCAGGGUCCAUAGUGAAUAGGGUACUGACCUGGGCCUUCACUGUGUUUUGGACCAGGGUCCAUAGUGAAUAGGGUACUGACCUGGGCCUUCACUGUGUUUUGGACCAGGGUCCAUAGUGAAUAGGGUACUGACCUGGGCCUUCACUGUGUUUUGGACCAGGGUCCAUAGUGAAUAGGGUGCUGACCUGGGCCUUCACUGUGUUUUGGACCAGGGUCCAUAGGUACUGACCUGGGCCUUCACUGUGUUUUGGACCAGGGUCCAUAGUGAAUAGGGUGCUGACCUGGGCCUUCACUGUGUUUUGGACCAGGGUCCAUAGUGAAUAGGGUACUGACCUGGGCCUUCACUGUGUUUUGGACCAGGGUCCAUAGUGAAUAGGGUGCUGACCUGGGUCUUCACUGUGUUUUGGACCAGGGUCCAUAGUGAAUAGGGUACUGACCUGGGCCUUCACUGUGUUUUGGACCAGGGUCCAUAGUGAAUAGGGUACUGACCUGGGCCUUCACUGUGUUUUGGACCAGGGUCCAUAGUGAAUAGGUACUGACCUGGGCCUUCACUGUGUUUUGGACCAGGGUCCAUAGUGAAUAGGGUGCUGACCUGGGCCUUACAUUUACAUUUACAUCAUUUAGCAGAUGCUUUUAUCCAGAGCGAUUUACAAAUUGGUGCAUUCACCUUAUGAUAACCAGUGGGACAAUCACUUUACAAUAUUAUUUUUUUGGGGGGUGGGGUAGGGGGGUGGGUAGAAGGAUUACUUUUAUACUAUCCCAGGUAUUCCUUAAAGAGGUAGGGUUUCAAGUGUCUCUGGAAGGUGGUCAGUGACUCCGCUGUCCUGGCUUGUUCCACCAUUGGGGUGCCAGAGCAGCGAAUAGCUUUGACUGGGCUGAGCGGGAACUGUGCUUCCGUAGAGGUAGGGGGGCUAGCAGGCCAGAGGUGGAAGAACACAAUGCCCUCGUUUGGGUGUAGGGACUGAUCAGAGCCUGAAGGUAAGGAGGUGCCGUUCCCCUCACAGCUCCGUAGGCAAGCACCAUGGUCUUGUAGCAGAUGCAAGCUUCAACUGGAAGCCAGUGGAGUGUGCGGAGGAGCGGGGUGAUGUGAGAGAACUUGGGAAGGUUGAACCCCAGACGGGCUGCAGCAUUCUGGAUGAGUUGUAGGGGUUUAAUGGCACAGGCAGGGAGCCCAGCCAACAGCGAGUUGCAGUAAUCCAGACGGGAGAUGACAAGUACCUGGAUUAGGACCUAUGCCGCUUCCUGUGUAAGGUAGGGUCGUACUCUGCGAAUGUUGUAGAGCAUGAACCUACAGGAUUGGGUCACCGCUUUGAUGUUAGCGGAGAACGACAGGGUGUUGUCCAGGGUCACGCCAAGGCUCUUUGCACUCUGGGAGGAGGACACAACGGAGUUGUCAACCGUGAUGGCAAGAUCAUGGAACAAGCAGUCCUUCCACGGGAGGAAGAGCAGCUCCGUCUUGCCGAGGUUCAGCUUGAGGUGGUGAUCCGUCAUCCACACUGAUAUAUCUGCCAGACAUGCAGAGAUGCGAUUCGCCACCUGGUUAUCAGAAGGGGGAAAGGAGAAGAUUAGUUGUGUGUCGUCUGCGUAGCAAUGAUAGGAGAGGCCAUGUGAGGAUAUGACAGAGCCAUGUGACUUGGUGUAUAGAGAGAAUAGGAGAGGGCCUAGAACUGAGCCCUGGGGGACACCAGUGGUGAGAGCACGUGGUGCGGAGACAGAUUCUCGCCACGCCACCUGGUAGGAGCGACCUGUCAGGUAGGACGCAAUCCAAGAGUGAGCCGCGCCGGAGAUGCCCAACUCGGAGAGGGUGGAGAGGAGGAUCUGAUGGUUCACAGUAUCAAAGGCAGCAGAUACAGUGGGGAGAACAAGUAUUUGAUACAGAAACCUUUGUUUGCAAUUACAGAGAUCACACGUUUCCUGUAGGUCUUGACCAGGUUUGCACACACUGCAGCAGGGAUUUUGGCCCACUCCUCCCUAUAGACCUUCUCCAGAUCCUUCAGGUUUCGGGGCUGUCGCUGGGCAAUAUGGACUUUCAGCUCCCUCCAAAGAUUUUCUAUUGGGUUCAGGUCUGGAGACUGGCUAGGCCACUCCAGGACCUUGAGAUGCUUCUUACGGAGCCACUCCUUAGUUGCCCUGGCUGUGUGUUUCGGGUCGUUGUCAUGCUGGAAAACCCAGCCACGACCCAUCUUCAAUGCUCUUACUGAGGGAAGGAGGUUGUUGGCCAAGAUCUCGCGAUACAUGGCCUCAUCCAUCCUCCCCUCAAUACGGUGCAGUCGUCCUGUCCCCUUUGCAGAAAAGCAUCCCCAAAGAAUGAUGUUUCCACCUCCAUGCUUCACGGUUGGGAUGGUGUUCUUGGGGUUGUACUCAUCCUUCUUCUUCCUCCAAACACGGCGAGUGGAGCUCUCUUCAGGUCAUUGACCAGGUCCUGCCGUGUAGUUCUGGGCUGAUCCCUCACCUUCCUCAUGAUCAUUGAUGCCCCACGAGGUGAGAUCUUGCAUGGAGCCCCAGACCGAGGGUGAUUGACCGUCAUCUUGAACUUCUUCCAUUUUCUAAUAAUUGCGCCAACAGUUGUUGCCUUCUCACCAAUCUGCUUGCCUAUUGUCCUGUAGGCCAUCCCAGCCUUGUGCAGGUCUACAAUUUUAUCCCUGAUGUCCUUACACAGCUCUCUGGUCUUGGCCAUUGUGGAGAGGUUGGAGUCUGUUUGAUUGAGUGUGUGGACAGGUGUCUUUUAUACAGGUAACGAGUUCAAACAGGUGCAGUUAAUACAGGUAAUGAGUGGAGAACAAGGGGGCUUCUUAAAGAAAAACUAACAGGUCUGUGAGAGCUGGAAUUCUUACUGGUUGGUAGGUGAUCAAAUACUUAUGUCAUGCAAUAAAAUGCAAAUUAAUUACUUAAAAAUCAUACAAUGUGAUUUUCUGGAUUUUUGUUUUAGAUUCCGUCUCUCACAGUUGAAGUGUACCUAUGAUAAAAAUUACAGACCUCUACAUGCUUUGUAAGUAGGAAAACCUGCAAAAUCGGCAGUGUAUCAAAUACUUGUUCUCCUCACUGUAGGUCUAGAAGGAUGAGAGCAGAGGGUACUGACCCGGGGGGUCUUCACUGUGUUUUUGACCAGGUUCCAUAGGGAAAGGGUACUGACCUGGGUCUUCACUGUGUUUUUGAACAGGUUCCAUAGGGAAAGGGUACUGACCUGGGUCUUCACUGUGUUUUUGAACAGGUUCCAUAGGGAAAGGGUACUGACCUGGGUCUUCACUGUGUUUUUGACCAGGUUCCAUAGGGAAAGGGUACUGACCUGGGUCUUCACUGUGUUUUUGACCAGGUUCCAUAGGGAAAGGGUACUGACCUGGGUCUUCACUGUGUUUUUGAACAGGUUCCAUAGGGAAAGGGUACUGACCUGGGUCUUCACUGUGUUUUUGACCAGGUUCCGUAGGGAAAGGGUACUGACCUGGGUCUUCACUGUGUUUUUGACCAGGUUCCGUAGGGAAAGGGUACUGACCUGGGUCUUCACUGUGUUUUUGACCAGGUUCCGUAGGGAAAGGGUACUGACCUGGGUCUUCAAUGUGUUUUUGACCAGGUUCCAUAGGGAAAGGGUACUGACCUGGGUCUUCAAUGUGUUUUUGAUCUUAGAAGCAGCAGAGAAGACAGAAGCACAAACCAAACAUUCCUUCAGUCAAACACAACACCAACACCUCUGAACUCAGGUGAGCUAGUUUAACAUACUACCACAUUCUAUAUCACCCUGUAUCACUCUGUAUCACCCUGUAUCACCCUGUUUCACCCUAUAUCACUCUGUAUCACCCUAUAUCACCCUGUAUCAUUCUAUAUGAUACUAGCACCAUGUCUGAGGUGUUCUAACUGUGUUUGUUACUUCAGUCCUCAGGGCCAGAUGGACCCUCCUUCACUGCCCUUCUCCCUGUUAUCAGCUGUGGAUGGGAAGGGGAAAAGGGAGAGGAGGGAGCAGCAGCAGGAAGCUCAGGUUAGGAGGGAGGAACAGGAGAGGAGAGAGCAGAGGGAGGCACAGAGCAGCCAUCACAGAGAACAGAAGCAGGCUGUCUCCAGGAGGACUAGACAUGCUGUGUCCCUUCAUCAUAGCUCCCAGGUCCUGCCUGGAGGUCAACCUGUGGGCCAGAGGACAGCCCAGGAGUCAGGGGGGUUGGGUGGCCAGGGAAAGGGGGGUGUAGAGGGGGAUGAAUGGGGGAGAGAGGGGGGAGAGGUGUGUGUAGGGGGGAAAGAGAAGGGAGAAGGGGACAUACACAGUGACAUAGACACAGACCUGUCUGAAUCAGAGAGGCUCCCUCUACCCUCCUCCCCCUCCUCCCCCCCUAACCUCAACCUCCGUCCAGAGGUCAUCUUUCCCAGUGACUUCCAGCCUGACCUCCCUGGACCCCGAGGCGACGCCCCUGGUCGGUUCAGCUACCCAGACUUCCUCCCUCCGCCCUUCAACUCCUGGAGCCUCCGGCAGCUGGCCGUGUUCUUCCACCCAGAGGGAAGAGCCCCCCCCCCUCUCCAGACCUGCAGGCAUGGUGCUGGACAGGUACAGCCCCCCCCCUCCCCCUCCCCAGGCAUGGUGCUGGACAGGUACAGCCCCCCCCCCCCAUGUGGUGGCAUGGGUUCUAUGUCCUGUGACAGCGUCCAUAGCAACCAGUGACUGCAGAGUCACUGUGCGCAUGCUCCUCUGGCGCUAGGCAUUCUGGGUGAUGUAGUCAAUGUUGUUUUAAGCCAGAUUUGCCACAUUUUUGAUGGUGUUGCAGGCUUAUUUGAUUUACAUUAUUAUUAUAUUAUAUUAUUUGAAUAAUAUAUUUACAUUAUAUAUUUGAAUAAUAUAUUGUCAUUAUUUGUUUGUUGUAUUUCAGGUUUAUGACCUGUGGUCAUUUAGUUUAAAAUAAAAUUAAGGACAAAACAGGAGUCAUGACAUUGCUGGUGAGCCUUUUCGGAGGGCUAAAUAACGAAAAAUCAGAACAAUGUUCUUUUAUGAUUUCUUACUUAUUUUUAUUGACAUAGGGCCCGAUUCAGACUUGAGAUAAGUAGACUUAACAUGGACUCAGUCUCCUGAGUGGCACAGUGGUCUAAGGCACUGCAUCGCAGUGCUAACUGUGCCACUAGAGAUCCUGGUUCGAAUCCAGGCUCUGUCGCAGCCGGCCGCGACCGGGAGACUCAUGGGCGGCGCACAAUUGGCCCAGCGUCGUCCAGGGUAGGGGAGGGAAUGGCCGGCAGGGAUGUAGCUCAGUUGAUAGAGCAUGGCGUUUGCAACGCCAGGGUUGUGGGUUUGAUUCCCACGGGGGGCCAGUAUAAAAAAAUAUGUAUUCAUUAACUGUAAGUCGCUCUGGAUAAGAGCGUCUGCUAAAUGACUAAAAUGUAAAAUGUAAUGUUAAAUCAACUUACCUCAAGUCUGAAUCGGGCCCAUUGUGUUCUUAUCCUGCUUUUUUUUUUUUUUUUUUUACUUUCUUUAUUGAAUAUGUAGCUGUUUUGAGAGGAAGCAUGUCAUUGAACUGGGAUCCAUUUUGAUUUGGUUUAGGUACCUGGAGCGGCUACUACUGCUGGAAUGGCUUCGGAUCCAGACGGUUCAGGAGGAGAGUGGGAGAGUGUCCUCUGCUCCAACCAGUCGCUGCUGUUCCCACCACGGUGCACCCUCCCUCCACGGGAGACUCAGCUCGCCCAAGUGCAUCCUCCAGUGCCAGAGAGCAUUCCCUCUUACUCUCCUCUCCUCCCUGUCUCACCCUUCCUCUGCCCCGCUCUCUGUCUGCGGCUGCACACACUGCCACGCUCGCUACCCGCCCUGUACUGGGGCCUGCCGCUCACACACCCAAAACAGCCACACCUCCCCUCGCCUCCCCCUCCUCGCCUCCCUCUCGGACCACCGGGGCCGCGUCUCCCUCCCCAAGAGGAGUUACAGUGAGAGUCGGGUCCACUCUGCUGAGAAGGCCUCUGGGCGUCAGAGGUGUGGGAGCCCUGAAAUGGGGAUCGGCCACCUGAAACGCAUGCAGGCUUUUGGGAACAUCCGUAACCCUGUAGCCGUUAGUCCCACCAGAAGGCAGAGGUCAUCAUCUUUAGUCAGGGACCCCAGUUUUGGGUCAGGGUCUGGGUCAGGAUCUGGGACUCCCAGAGGACAGCACUGGACUGGGUCAGGAUCUGGGACUGGGACCCCCAGUGGACAGCAAUGUGCUGGGUCUGGAUCUAGUGGUGCCCUCUAUGAAGUCUCCAGUAGCGUGAGGAGAAGGAGAAGUGAAUCUGAGCGAAGGAGAGGGACUGGGUCUGGGUCAGGGACUGGGUGUGAGGCUUGGGAAAGGGCUAUGGAGAGGGCUGGGUUUGGGACCGGGUCUGGGUCAGGAUCUGGGACUCCCAGAGGACUGCACUGGACUGGGUCUGGGUCUGGGACUGGGGCUUGGGCUUGGGCUGGGUCUGUGGCUGGGGCAAGGGCUAGUAAGAGGGCUGGGGAGAGGGAGAGGGCUGGGUCCUGGGAGAGGGCUGGGUCUGGGGAGAGGGUGAGAGCUGGGGAGAGGGAGAGGGUAAGGGCUGGAUCUGGGGCUGGGGAGAGGGUGAGGGCUGGGGAGAGGGUGAGGGCUGGGGAGAGGGUGAGGGCUGGGGAGAGGGUGAGGGCUGGGGCUGGGGAGAGGGUGAAGGCUGGGUCUGGGGCUGGGGUGAGGGCUGGGGAGAGGGUGAGGGCUGGGGCUGGGGAGAGGGUGAGGGCUGGAUCUGGGGCUGGGGAGAGGGUGAGGGCUGGAUCUGGGGCUGGGGAGAGGGUGAGGGCUGGAUCUAUUAUCUGUAACCCUGCCCCCCUAAGUCCCACCAGCAGGCCAAGGGCAUCGACUGUUGUCAGGCACCCCAGACAGGCCAGGGUGAGGAGGAGAAGUGGAUCUGAGAAGAGGACAGGGGUCUGUGAAGGGUCUGAGGCUGGGAUUGGGUCUGAGGCUGGUUUUAGUGGUGCUCUCUCUGUGGACUCCAGGGUGAGGAGGAGAAGUGGAUCUGAGAAGAGGACAGUGGUCUGGUCUGAGGACCAGGAUGUACAACCAGACUCCAGGGUAAAGUUUCCCCUAGGUACAGAUCUGGGAUCAGCUUCCCCUCCCCCAAUUAAAACUUUAACUAUUAGUGGAAAAAAAUCAAAACUGACCCAAUAUCAGCAUCUAGGGGCAACUUCACCCUGGAGUCUGGUUCCCAGACAACCAGACUGCGUCACUGCAAUAAGGGAUCACCCACUUCCACGGUCCAAUACCUCAACUUCAAUCAGGAGAAUAAAUGGUAAACAGGUUGAGUUUAAUACAAAAUAAUAACUCAUGCAACUCCGAUCACACCAAAAUAUAACAUUUGUAUGCAAGGAUGUGAAUACGCAUUAAAAAUAUUGUACAGACCAGAUAAAUCUCUGAUUAUUGAGUAAGAUGUGAUGAGUAUUGGCAUGUAUCUACAGAUUGUGUAUCUAAUGUGUGAUCAAUGCUGCAACUUUCUUCACCUUUUUAGUGUUGUGUGGGAGUGACUGGGUGAGUUGCCAUAUGUCUUUCAUCCAGAGAGACAGUACAGGUUAAUCAUGUUCAGGUGCAAUACCUUGUUUUAUAAAGAUAUGGUAUAUGUUUUGAAUACUACAUCAAUUUAUGAAUGUAUUUAUCCUUUAUUUAUGUAUUAAUGUAGCUAUUUACAUAGCCGGGGGAAAUGGUUUGGUAGUGGGGGUGCUGCGGGAAGUGGUUUGGUAGUGGGGGUGCCGGGGGAAAUGGUUUGGUAGUGGGGGUGCCGCGGGAAGUGGUUUGGUAGUGGGGGUGCUGCGGGAAGUGGUUUGGUAGUGGGGGUGCCGCGGGAAGUGGUUUGGUAGUGGGGGUGCUGCGGGAAGUGGUUUGGUAGUGGGGGUGCCGCGGGAAGUGGUUUGGUAGUGGGGGUGCUGCGGGAAGUGGUUUGGUAGUGGGGGUGCUGCGGGAAGUGGUUUGGUAGUGGGGGUGCUGCGGGAUUUUCUCCCCUCGCUGGAGACUGUAUCGGUUUGCUAAUACAGGACUAGUGAUGCUGUGACCUCUGACAUUAGCAAAGGCCCAGUGCUCUACUUUGGUGACACAUUUUUUACUAAAUGUAUUUGAGUGUUUACCAGCAUUUGUAACUUGAGUCUGAUAAUUAUCUGUACAAAACAGUUCAUCUGAUAAUACUUGUGUAAUAGAAACAUACUUGCUUGAUGUUUUCCAGUUUCGUAAAAAAAUAUGCAAAUGCAACUUAUUUCUAUGUGAAAACUCAAAUGGUCUCUUCAUUCCUUUUCCAUUUUAAUAGACGCUGUUAUCCAGAGCGACUGCAUACAUUUUCAUACUGGUCCCCUGUGGGAAUCGAACCCACAACCCUAGCAUUGCAAGCGCCGUGCUCUACCAACUGAACCACAUCAUCACAAACCACUGGAUGUCUCAAUGUUCUCUAUUACUGUUUUGUGCAUUGUUCUUCUUCAUGGUGAUGGAAAGUCUACAGGUACAAACCUAGCUGACCAGCCUAUGUACAAUACAGUAAUGUACAUUUACAUUAAGCGGUUUGUAAGGAUGGUAAAUUAAUACUGUACAAAAAGUGGUUGUUUUCCAUGUUAUUUGAUCAAGAAAAUAUAUUUAAUUUGUGGGUGGAUGUUUUGUGUCUUUGUCCAUAGCUUUGCACCUUUUGAUGUAAAUGUUUGAGAACAGGCUUUUGUUCUUUCUGGAUUCCAAUACAAUGACGAUCACAGAGAAAGGGAGGGACGGGUCAACAACUCUUCCAGAAAGGGACAGGUCAACAACUAGUACUGAAAGGGACACUGUUUUUGUUGUUGUUUGCUGUCAUUUGAUGGCUUAAUAAAUUAUCAGUCAGGUUUUAUUAAUUUAAUUUAGUUUCAAGAUCAAUAUUAUGUAAGUAAAUCUCCAUUUCUUUUUUUCAUACGGCUUGAUUAGCCUUCAGAGGUUUAUUUAUUUAUUUGAAGUUUGAGAGUUCAAUUGAAGAUGUCAACUAUUAAUAUAUACACAAACUAUCCACUUAUUCUCCUUGAUGUGGUCGUGAUCGUUCGAGUUAAUUAAGAAGGAUUUAUGCUACUUUUGUAUUAUUCAGUGUCCCUGUUUAUUCUAGACAACUCAGAUACUCUUCAACAUCUCUCUUUCCUUUUUAUCCCUGAACACCAGGGGCUUACGUAACAAUCUAAAACGCAAGGCUAUUUUUCUUUUUUGUAAAGAUGAAUUAAUGUCCAAUUGGUUUUUUUAUAUUUAAAGAGACAUAUUCCUCAGAUCUUGACUUGAAAUGUUGGACUUUGGGGUGACACGAUAAUGUUUAGCCGUGGCUCAUCUCAUUCUGCUGGCGUGGCUCAUCUCAUUCUGCUGGUGGCUCAUCUCAUUCUGCUGGCGUGGCUCAUCUCAUUCUGCUGCCGUGGCUCAUCUCAUUCUGCUGGUGGCUCAUCUCAUUCUGCUGCCGUGGCUCAUCUCAUUCUGCUGCCGUGGCUCAUCUCAUUCUGCUGGUGGCUCAUCUCAUUCUGCUGGUGGCUCAUCUCAUUCUGCUGGCGUGGCUCAUCUCAUUCUGCCGGCGUGGCUCAUCUCAUUCUGCUGCCGUGGCUCAUCUCAUUCUGCCGGUGUGGCUCAUCUCAUUCUGCUGGCGUGGCUCAUCUCAUUCUGCUGCCGUGGCUCAUCUCAUUCUGCCGGUGUGGCUCAUCUCAUUCUGCUGGUGUAGCUCAUCUCAUUCUGCUGGUGGCUCAUCUCAUUCUGCUGGUGGCUCAUCUCAUUCUGCUGGUGGCUCAUCUCAUUCUGCUGGUGGCUCAUCUCAUUCUGCUGGUGGCUCAUCUCAUUCUGCUGGUGGCUCAUCUCAUUCUGCUGGUGGCUCAUCUCAUUCUGCUGGUGGCUCAUCUCAUUCUGCUGGUGGCUCAUCUCAUUCUGCUGGUGGCUCAUCUCAUUCUGCUGGUGUAGCUCAUCUCAUUCUGCCGGUGUGGCUCAUCUCAUUUUGCUGGUGGCUCAUCUCAUUCUGCUGGCGUGGCUCAUCUCAUUCUGCUGGUGGCUCAUCUCAUUCUGCUGGCGUGGCUCAUCUCAUUCUGCUGGUGGCUCAUCUCAUUCUGCUGGCGUGGCUCAUCUCAUUCUGCUGGUGGCUCAUCUCAUUCUGCUGGUGUAGCUCAUCUCAUUCUGCCGGUGUGGCUCAUCUCAUUCUGCUGGUGUAGCUCAUCUCAUUCUGCUGGUGGCUCAUCUCAUUCUGCUGGUGGCUCAUCUCAUUCUGCUGGUGGCUCAUCUCAUUCUGCUGGUGGCUCAUCUCAUUCUGCUGGUGGCUCAUCUCAUUCUGCUGGUGGCUCAUCUCAUUCUGCUGGUGGCUCAUCUCAUUCUGCUGGUGGCUCAUCUCAUUCUGCUGGUGGCUCAUCUCAUUCUGCUGGUGGCUCAUCUCAUUCUGCUGGUGUAG